ACUUCUGUUUGCUGCGUUCUUUGGAAAUGACGUGUACUGUUAGGGACAUCCGCUAUUGUUUGCUGGGCAUUUGUGUUGAGUGGGGAAUUUGUGUUGAGUAGGAAAUUUGUCUUGAGUGAAGACAUUUGAGUUGAGUAGUGUCGCGUCUUGUGUAGAGUGAUGUUUGGUCUUCCCAAUCUUGGCCAAUCAAGCUUCAUUGCCUGUCGCCGGCAUUCAAAAUUCGUAACAAUUAAAGUUUUUAUCAGUGCUUUGUCCAUUUCACACAUCAUUUCCCGCGAGAACACGGGACAAACGACACAAAGAAAGGACUGAUUGUGGUGGUUAGCAGUUCUUUCAAUUCACUAUUUUCUCUGCUCGCAAUGUUGCCAUUGAACCCGUUCGUCCCUGUAGUUUUCUCGGGAGAAUACCUGACCAUUGUUAAAAAGGGGUCGAUUGUUGUGAAAACAUUGCUAAUUAGGUAAUCAAACAACAAAGCGCCGGUCUGACUGCGGGGAGCACACAUGAGGGUCUCGUCACUUCUUGAGCAGCGGUCAGUCGAUGUGAGAGUCGUUCCAGAGACAGGACGUGCGUGUGUCCGCUUCGCUGGAAACAGACGAGAGAUUUGGUUACAUACAGUUCGCAAGGUAUGAGAAGUGACGGUGAAGGCACCAGGCUAGCACUAGGACCCCAGGAUCGCAGUCUACAGGCCCGGCUUAUGGCGAGCGAAGCCGCGAUGGAGGAACUGAGACUUCUACGGCAAAGACAAGAGACGCUGGUCGAGGAAGCAAAGAGAAAACUUCCGCAAGAGCUGGUCAGGCCCGCCGGGUGUAUCAACAGUUCCAUCGACAAGCUUCGUAACGCAGUGGACCAUCUAAAACGGACGGACAGUGACCUGGUCGGCGCCCUACACACCCUGAACACGCAGAUCCUUCAGCUCAAGCUUGCAGAGGCCGCGGAGACAGACGGCGAGAACGACCUGAUGAGCGCCUCCUGUCGAUCCAUGUCAUCAUCUGCAGUCUCCAUCCCGAGCUUUACCAGCAGCUCUCGCACCAGCACCCUGAUCGACCUCCCCGACAGUCGACGCAGCUCGGGCUUCUUCGACGCGUCGUCCCCCUCCCCACCGCUCACCCCCGACAUCGCCUCGCCCGAGAAACUGCACCACUACGAGGAGGUGGACGGACGGGUCUCGACGGGGUGGCCGGACGAAAUCAUCAGAGAACCCACGCCUAUCACGAACUCUCAGUUCCACAAUCGCCACAGCUUCGGAGAAUCCGACAGCGUAGCAUCAAAUGAUGCUAAACAGUCGUACUUCAGUGGGAUGAUACCGGUACAGAGCCAGGCACCGAGAGAAGAGAAGAAGAAGGACGAUUCGCUGAGUAGGAGGUUCAAGUUGGCGCUUCGCCCGCGCUCCAAGACGGGGUUGUCUGUGUGCUACCCGUACCCAAGCCCCAUGCACGCCAUCGCCAUACAGAGCGACAUGUAUGUACCGGCAGACAGCGAGAGCGUUGUGGAAGAGGAACACUCAUCUUGUGUGGAUGCAAGAAGCGACCACAACCAGUCCACGAAUCGUCCUGAAGUUGUGACUGAUGCACAAGCCGUGAGUUUGACAGGCGUCCCUGCAGACGACAAGUUCGCCAAGGCGCCCCCUGCCGAGAAAAACGCGGGACUGCUCCGACCAGUGUCCACACCCCCUGACAUGUCGCGAGUGUGGAAUGGCGAAGUCCUCCACACAAAGAACAGUGAACAGACAACCGAGCAGCUCGUCGACAUACCGGACUAUGAGAACAUUUUCUCCGCCUACUCGGAACUUCCCGGUAACGACAUUGCGCCGAGGCGUCACUCCUUUGCCGGGUCACGUGCCACGAAGCAGCACGUUGAAGACGCGAUCCCAAACUACGAGAACUUGUCGAACCUUGAUAAUGACUACGGCGACUACGUGACACUCGCCCCCGAAGAUCUGCCACAGAUCCCACGAGCUACAGCUGCAAAGUCCGUGAGCGAAGCCCGCUCCGAGUCACCGUCAGAUUCUGGAGUAAAAUCCGUCCCUGCUACUUCAGGAUAUGCGUCGCGACCUGAAGUUCAUCAAGAGAGAAAGGCACCGCGAAAACCAAAGCCGACGCCGAGGCAGUCUCUACUGAAGAAAGCCAGCCCCACAGUUACCCCGCCUUUGCCACAGCCAAGAGCAGAACCACAAGCAGACACUAGCAACGUGAAUGUCAAAGCAACACCUGUUAGUAAGACACCUUCGAGCCAAACAACCGGCCAAGAGAACACUACGAGUAAAACGGCACAACCAGGACCUGCACUUCUGAUGGCUUCACUGAUAGCAGAUGGCAAAGUGAACGGACUGACUGAUGUGAAAAUGAGCCCGAGUAAGGACAAGGAAAAGUCUGCGUUGACGAAGAUUGUGGGGAAGUACAGCCCACGUAAGCAGAUCCAAGCCCAGACUGAGUCCAAGACCAGAAGCACCACGAACAUUGAGAAAACGACUCUUCAAGAGAAGACAAAGAGCGAACACAACAGUCCGCGUCGAAAGGAACAGCCCCAGCCUGACUCUAACAACAGCCACAACGCAAAGACUGUCAGAAUGAAGUUCAGGGCUCCCCCAGGGGUAGACAUAAGACCCCGUCACUGCAACGAGAACAGUCACGUCAGAAGUACAAAGUCCCCAUCCGAGCCCAACGCCAUCAGAUCAGAAAGUAGAGAACAAACGACGUCUCCUUCUGUCAGCAACAAGCCUCGCCAACCGAAGAGUGAAGGGCGAAACAGCCCGUGCCGAAAACUGCAGUUUCAGCAAGACUCCAACAGAAUGUCUGCACAACCAGGACAGGUUCCUCCUGGGCAUAACGUCCCCCGUGGCACAGAGAUCUCGGCCAAACGAUGCUCUGCACAGGCGUCGACAAGAAGGCUGUCAAAAGACGCGCCUUUGCCCCAGUCACCAGCGACCCCUGUGUACGGGCCCGGGAAUGACAAGUGCCCAGCGCCUACAGAAUUCCGCUUGAGCCAACCAGUCGUGGCAAACCACAGACCAGGCAGAGUGCCCCACAGUGAACGCUAUUGGACGACCGGAGAGCUGAGACAACAGGUGGCUAGCCUCAACUCCGGCUACGCGAAAAAGGACGAGUCCAGUCGUCGGUACAAGAGGCACGACGGUCACAAGGACAGCAGAAAAACUCACGGCGACAAGCGAUCGGCGAGGCGUCACACCACCGCCGUGAACACUCCCGCUCACAUGCCGCCGAUGAACGGCGGUCUAGCCGACUACAGAAGCAGACACAGCCACAGCAGCACCUCCCUAAACGGCCAUCCAAUGUCCAAGCUCACUUCCAGCGUACCACACGGUCACAGGGUCCCGCACGCGUUCGCCCGAGGUGUUCGCGGCCUGAAGAAGGCGGGCCAGAGUCGCAGCACGUCCCGACUGUACGACUACGACACCAGCGUGCUCGGGAGCUCCAGCGAGGAAAGCUCGUCCAGCGACUCGGAAAUCAACCGAAGCGACAGCGAGAGCGACUCUGAAUCCAGUGACGAAGCCGGCGGACUGGUCUUAGCCAAGGCAAAAUGGCCUGCAGUUGUAGGGACGGCCACUAGACGGCGCCUGUCGUCUCAGGACAGUUUGUCUAGAAUGUUUCCUUCUUGCCACCUGGUCACAGAGUUAUGAAUGGACACAUUGAAAGAACUACCUGUCGGUUGUGAAUAUAACUAAGUUGUAACUUGAUAUACUUAUAGAAAAUGUAUAUAUCACCAGGUCAGCGUUUUGCGUUUGAUUAGUUUACUUUGUUAGAAAUACUGUAUGUUUGUUCCAUAGUAUUAAGAUAAAGAAUACGACAAGUCUUGUUUUCGCUGGUUCGGAAACCUUAUGAUAUCACCAGGGCGUGAUAAUGACAUAAGAAAACUUCUAUCAACUGUGUUCAGUAUAUGCUGAAUCUUACAAUUCCUUGUAAAGACAUGGUCAAUGUGUACGCAUUUAUGUAAGAGAUUUUCAUUGAUAACUCCAAUGAAAUGUUUGCUUAUGUGUUACGACGAGAUAUCUCAGUAACGUGUUAAUUUUAUGUUCUACUAGGUUCUUUGAAGCUUAUGUUUAAGACGUUUAUAGUACAUUUUCUUACUUUCUUACUUGUUUUUGUACUUAAGUAGCAUGAGCAGCAUUUUGUUACGCUUGUAAAAAUCAAAAGUUUCGUUUUAUAAGAUAUGUAUAUUCUAGAUCUGCUUCUUACAGCAGCCGUGGAAGUGUCUACCAGGCAAUGUGGACAAUCAUCAAUAAAUUGAACAUUACGUAA